AUCUACGUUAGAAGUAUUUUCAGUUUUUUGUAUCAUACUUUACUUGUCUCAUAAAUUUCUGCUAGAAAUCUCCCAAUCAUGGAUGAACAAAUGUGUCCACGUUGUAAAACAACAAAAUAUCGGAACCCAUCGCUGAAACUCAUGGUGAAUGUGUGUGGGCACACACUAUGUGAUAACUGUGUUGAGCUGUUAUUUGUACGAGGAGCAGGGACGUGUCCCGAGUGUAAAACACCUCUGAGGAGAAACCAGUUUCGAGUACAACUCUUUGAAGAUUCAAUCAUUGAAAAGGAAGUGGACAUUAGGAGAAGAGUGAUGAAAGACUUUAACAAACAGGAAGGUGACUUCCAGACGUUGAGAGAAUAUAAUGACUAUUUAGAAGACAUAGAGCAUAUUGUUUAUAAUCUGACCAAUGGAGUAGAUAUGGAAGCCACCAGGAAGAAGAUUGAAAACUACAGAAGAGAGAACAAAGAGUUGAUCACCAAGAACAGGCAGAUGAAGAGUCAUGAUAUGAUGUACUUAGAUGCCCUGUUGGAGGAGGAACAACAAAUCAAAGAAGAACGGAAACAGGAAUACAAAUUCCUGGAGAAGCAGAGUCUUAAUCAGAAGAAGAGAAACAAAGAAGCCCUCUUAGAUGAGCUGAUCUAUUCUGAUCGGCCAGCAGACCAGGUGAUAGCGAGCCAUGUUUCCAUUCAGCAGAACCAAGAGGCUCCUACGUACAAAGCUCCUCCCAAGAAAGCGAUCGAAGUCUCAUCGGGAGCAAGACUGGGUGUUGGAUUCCAAGAUAACUUCUUACCCAUACCCAAGAUAGAGGAGAUACCUUAUGAAUAUAUGGAAGUAGAGGUUUAUACGUUUGGACCGGAAGCACCGAGCACACAAGAAGAGUUAACAUCCAAUGGGUAUGUGAGGCACAUCCGUUCUGCGUCGCCCUCUGGUGUCGGAGGAGGCUACAAGGAGCACAUGGCGUGUCAGAGGGCCGUCGAGGAGGCUUUCUCUGGACUCUUCUUCUUCCCGUUCAGACAUAAUAAACAUAUCGAUCCUCUCGGAAUUGAAACCAGCUGAUGAUGCCCAUCCGUGUGAGGAAAUUUUAGAACUUGGACACUACUGCUAGUGGUUGUGCAUGCAAUUGUAGAAUGGAACAGGCUUGAGAUAACACCAGCCCAAAUCACAAAGAAAAGUGAGAUAUUGGUUUUGGAGUUUUCAUUUGAGCUCUUCAGAGCAAAUCGACACUGGAAUGGAUUCAUUAUCUUGGUGAUGCAUUGCGGACCAUAUUGGAAGCAAUGACUACAGCCCACCCUGUAAAUGUGUAGCCUGCUUGAACUGCAAAAUAGCUUGACUAUAUAAUUCUUGUUAAGAAGAUUCUUGGUUAGAGUAAACAUACGUGAUAUAGUUUUGUCAGAAUGGGCUUGAUUCCAAAAAUAAAGGCUUGCAAUCAUCCCAAAUUGUUAUUUUAGUACUCUUACAGUUUAGUAAUUUGAACCUCAUAAAGAUAUUUUCAUUCACAUUUUCAGAAAAGUAUAAGACGAUUUGUUCCAAAAUUGGACCAUGGAGCACUCGUAAGGUGUGUGGAGCCCUUAACCCUAAAAGGACUGAGCUAUUUGAGAUGUAUUGAGGACGGGGGGGGGGGGGGGGGGCAUAAUGGCCCCCCUUCUGAUCUCGGCUGCCGUUUACGCCGAAAUUUGGCACGCACAUUCUUUACCACAUAAACUACCUAGUAUAAAAAGAAUUCGUAAAACAAUUAUUUUUUAUUUAUUAUGAAUAUAAUAUGCAAAAUUAUUCGUGAAAAACAUCAUUGUCAUAAUUUACUCCCAAUUUCACUUCAUAUUUUUUUUUUCAGAUGUCAUCUUUGUAAUAAAAUUGCAAAAUCCAAUUUUUUCUUAUGUAUUUCUUUGUUUUUAAAAUUUCUUAUGUAUUUUUUCAUCUUUUGUUUUUCUUUCUUUUUCAUUGGAAAUUACAGACCAUUUAACAACUAAAUUAAACCCUAAAUUAAUUAAGCAGAUCAAUUAGAAUGAAAAAUAAUCACCCUUUUAUGAAUUUCAUCUCUAAUAGACUUUGUACAAAAAGUAUAAAAAUGAGCAAUUUUCGGCAUGACAUUGUCUCGUAAAAAGUUAUGUGACAUCGCGAUGCUAUACCCGAAUUUGGAAUAAAAAGUUGCACGAGACUUCAAAGAAAAAAGUAAUAAAAUUUUGUGGCGCAAUCUUUCCCCCAGUCCUUUUAGGGUUGAAUUGCCCCAAACUCCCCCCUCUAUAAAAAUAAAUAAAAGAAAAUCACCAUCACUGUGACAAGUACUUUUCAUCAGUGGCCUGCAAAAUUCACCGACAUUGGUGUUUGUAAAUGUUAAGUUACAGCUAAUUCUAGCUUUUCAUUUUCUCACACUUAUAAUUUUGCACACUCUUUUAUUUCUCAUUUUCCAUUAUCUUUUUUCACCCAACUUCCCACUUCAACACCAAAGUUGGUGUACUAGGUGUCAAGUAUGUAAGUGUAAAAGAAAACAACAACAAAAAAGAAAAAUCAAGUCUUUUUGCAAUAAAAACAAAUGAAAUAAUAUCUUGU